AUGGAGCCGGUGUCGCUGCGCGAUGCUGCCCAGCAGGUGGCGCGGGCCUGCCACCAGGAGCUGCUUCAGGUCUUGGAGGCGGACGGCGACGGCAUCGAGGCGGCGCUCCAGCGGGCGCAGGGCCGGCUCCUGCGGCUCAGCGUGCUGCUGGGCUUCGGCCUGGAGCCCGCCAUCGAGGCACAGGACUGGCUGGAGACCAACGAAGGGGAGGGCCCUCGGCUAGCGCAGCGGGCGCAGCUGGCGCAGCUGGAGCAGAAGCGCCACGAGCUGUGCCAGGAGCUCGCCACGAGGCAGCCUCCCACAGAUGUGGCGGCAGGACUCUUGCAAGGCAUGCACCUCGACGGCUGCUUGGGUGUGCCGGCCAUGGUGGGGGAUCUCAUUGCCGGCCGAGACCGCCGCCUCAGCGAGCGUCAGCACGCCCAAGCUGCCCGGCGCCUGCGCCUCGGCGCGCGCGCGGCGCUGGCGCAGAGCCGCGCGAGCGAAGCGCGCGAGGAGCUUGCGGUUUCAUCCGCUUCGGACCCGGGAGUGGUGCGUCUAUGCGCGCCCGGGGCCUUCGCCUUGCGCCUGCAGUUCGAUCUCAGCCGCUGGGUGGUGCUGGGAUGCAGCCUCGACCCGCAGGGCGUGGGGGGCCUCAUGAUGCUCCCGGAGGAUGCGCUGUGCCAGCAGCUGCAGGCAGUGGCGGACGAGAGUGAAGAUCAGGACAAGCCAGCAGUGCUGGUGACAGCUGCCCAUGCCUUCUGCUCCCACGUCUGGCUGCGGGCCAGUCUGGAUGAGGCCCUGCAUGCCAGCUCCAGCCUCUGCGAGGUGAGCAGCGCUUCCUGGGACCGACGAGGUGUGGUGUCCCUGCGGACCUUCCCGGAGUGGGACCCGACCUGUGGUGGGAUCUGUUCGGCCGAGCGCUUCGACCCAGGUUCCGGGUGCGUCUUGGAGUUGCACAAGCGCGCGGGCGGAGGCAUCCGCGUGGCGCCCAGCGAGCGCUGA